GAUCUGAGAUCAGCCUUUUCAGUUCGCAAUGCAACAUUUUAAGUUAACGCGAGUAUACAGAACUGACUCCAGAACAGCAGUUUGGUUUUGUAUGCCUUAUUCCCGUUUUGUAAACUUGUAACCGCUUCCUCGUUUCAGCAGCGGUUCUGUCAAGGUCCACACAUGGCCCUGUGUGUUUUAUAUUCCAGCCUGGGAUGCCGGCUGUUCCACAGUAACGUUAAACUCUUGCAAACAUGUCCCCGGACCCAAACGGUCAGACUCGCACACAAUGUUUCACGGAGAGAAGCGGGACUGAAACACGCGCUGUCACCGCGGAGAGUUCACUGCUGCCUGGUGAAUGCGAGUCAGUGGUACGCCUGCAGAACAACUCAACGGCUGUAUCAACACUCAAGAACAUUUUCCUCCUUACCUCCACCGCCUUCAUCAGGGGAUAAGAAGAAGUCUGGGCCUGUGACGUGGAAAUCUUUAGCAAUAACAUUUGCUAUUGGAGGCACUCUGCUUGGGGCGAUGAAAUAUUUCAAGAAAGAAAAGGAAGAACUGAUUGAAAAAGAGCGGACCAAAUCGAUCGGUCGACCGGCGCUGGGCGGCCCGUUCUCGCUCAUCGAUCACAACAGCAAGCCCACCAAGAGCGAGGACUUCCUCGGCCAGUGGGUCCUCAUCUAUUUUGGGUUUACUCACUGCCCCGACAUCUGCCCGGAUGAAAUAGAGAAAAUGAUUGAAGUGGUGGAUGAAAUAGAUAAAAUAAAGUCUCUUCCAAACCUGACACCUAUCCUCAUCACCAUUGAUCCUGCAAGGGACACAGCAGAGGCCAUGGCUGCAUAUGUGAAAGAAUUUUCCCCGAAACUGAUUGGCCUGACGGGAACAACGGCCCAGAUUGAGCAGGUUUCCAGAUCCUUCAGAGUGUAUUUCAGCCAGGGACCAAAGGACGAGGACAACGACUACAUUGUUGAUCACACCAUCAUCAUGUACCUGGUGGGACCCGACGGAGAAUUUGUGGAGUAUUAUGGACAGAACAAAAGAAGUGUGGAGAUCAGCAACUCAAUAGCAGCAUAUAUGAGGAAGCACAAGAAGGCAAAGUGAGCAGCAGCCCAUUAAAAGCCCAAGAUGCACUGACAGAUUCUGCCCCCAGGUGUUUGACAGAUUCUGCCCUCAGGUGUUUGUUUGAUUUUCAUUGAACUUAAAUCACUACUGCCAUCUUAUAUUGGCUGCCUGUAUUUAUUUUUUUAUCAGACUGUUGUGUGGAAGUUAAUGUGACAGCUGUACAUUCCUUUCAAUGAGUGGUGUGUGCGGAAGGAAACCGGUCUGAUGCCUGAUGCUGUUGUCCACUUUUCUCCAUAAUACAUAUUACACACUGCUGCUGAAUGGACACACAUUUGAGAAAGCAGAAAAAUGUGUAGACAUCAGCUCCAAUGAGCUCAAUAUCUCUGGUUUCUGAUGCAAAGAAUGAGAAAAAUGUCUAAAGACAAUUAUUGUAAAUGAUGUAAACAUUUGCACAUCACAUUUGCUUUUGUGAUUAAAUACAUAUGCGCGGAAUAUUG